AAACAUUGGGUAGUUUUGUGGCAGGGUGUGGAAACAUUGGGUUGUUUUGUGGCGGGGUGUGGAAACAUUGGGUCGUUUUGUGGCAGGGUGUGGAAACAUUGGGUCGUUUUGUGGCAGGGUGUGGAAACAAUCGUCUCAUCUUGUAUUUGAAGGAUCGUAGAUUUCAGGAGAAACAGGAUUAGAUUGACAUGUGGAGCCUCUGGAGACGAUGGUGCAAAGGAUUUUUUUAUUGAAUCUACAAAGAAAUGUCCCCUAGAAAUUUGUGAAAAUAUCCUGCAAGAUCCAGAAAUCCACCCUGGACAUUUUAGUCUCAGGUUGUUGCUGGACAUGGUUCAGGCUUUCGUAUCAUUUAUUAAUGUUUUUAUACCAUAACAUAUUUCAGAACAGUUUGAGUCCAAGAAAUCAUUGAAAGUCCUUUCAAAAGCCUGGAGAACCAUGGAUCAUGAAGAUAUGCCAAUUGAAAGGAAAAGGAUCAACAUGUGACAAACUGGACGUUUUGGACAUUUUUGAUUAUUCUAUAAAUAUUCUCUAAAAUGUGAUUUAAUUGCCUUGUUUUUCUCCAAUUUUUUCCACCGACACGUGUUUAUUUAAAAUUCAGAGUUGAGCACGCUCUCGCUGUCUUAUCCACCGUUCUGUUUAAUGACUGUUUGUCUUUGUCAUCGUGUUCGACUGCCGCUGAUAGAAGCAUAAAGGCUGCGAUAAGAACGUGAACUUUGACUCUGCUUCAGAUAAAUAAUGUGGUAAACACAGUCAUCACCUCAAUAAAUCCCAUUAAUCUCACCUGCGUCUGCAUCAGGAGAUGCAUUGUUGUCCAUCUGUAGUUUGAAGAUCCGUGAAGAUGGUGAAGCAAGGAAGUUUGUUCUGCUUUAUCCCCCAAAAAUCAGUUUUCUUGUGUUUGGGAUCUUAAAUUGACCUGUUCCUCAGAGACUAUCAGGGAAAGGAAUGGGAGUUGUUGCAAUUGAUUGAAGCCAUUAGAGGAAAGGGAACCGUAACGAGAACCAAUCUGCUGAACCUAACCAACAUUAAAGCAACUAUUAGUCUGGAGUCCUGUCAGGAGGCCGGCUCGGUUCUCCAGAAAACACCUCCUGCUGUGAUUGCUUUCAGGGAAAAACAUUUCCUGGUAUCUCAGCUUCCCUCUAAUAAAAGGCCUCAGAGAUUUUCUGCUCCAUUUUCUUUACCAAAAGCCUCCAACGUCAUCGUCACAGGAACUUUCUCUCCGUCAUAAAACUGUUAGAGCAACUUUGCGCCACAAACACGUCUCCCUGUCCAAGGGCCCAACCUCCAGCCAUCGACCAUCACUGAGGCCACGUUUACUGCUUUACUGCCCGGCCCUCCAGGCCACUCCGACAGCAUGCGCUUCCUAACAGCUCAGAUUAUUCUGAAUCAUUUCACUUAAGGGCCCAGAUGCUACCUGUCUGUUGGCCUUUGCUGAGAGGGUGAUUAAGGCAGGCUGGUGUGGGGUAAAUGCACCAUACUUCUGCCUGAGUGGCUGCGUCUCCUUAUCUGUCAUCACGUCGUGUGCACCUCGCCCCCAACGCGCCCACUUUGUGGCCACCGCCUCCUUUGUUGCUGUUGUCGCCCGACGGUGGAGCUUUUGCUUCUGCGUCAGAGACGAGUGUGCACCAUGGAGGAAGAGCUCGGCUCGCCCUCCAUCGCUGACCAGCAGAACUUGAGCAGAGACGACACCAGGAUGGAUGUCCAGGUGGUCUGCUUGGCUUAGAUGAUCCUGUUUGAUGGGUGAUGGUAAACCAAGAGAAACCUUGGUUCUUCAGCAGACUUGUCUAAAGAGAUGGAUCUUACAGUCUUAGACUGUGUUGCUCUUUCCGUUUAUAGCUUCACCUUCCUCCUGGGACUUCCUGCCAACCUGCUCGUCUUCUUCGUGUACAUCCGUAAGGCUCGCAAACACGGUGCCACGCCCAACGUGGUCUACGCCCUUAACCUGUGCCUGGCCAACCUGGCACUGGUAGCCUGGAUGCCAGUAAAGAUUCUGGAGACAGUACUGAAGGACUGGAUGCUGCCACCACCCUUGUGCCCGGUUUACAGUUUCUUCCUCUACUCCUCUCUGUAUGUCAGCUGCCUCUUCAUCACCGCUGUCACAAUCGGGCGAUACCUCAGCAUCGCCUUCCCCAUCAUCUACAAGAGAUACCGCCGUGCCAGACUUUCCUGCUACAUCUGCGUCGGCUUGUGGGCAUUGGUGAUGGUGCACCUUGGGCUCAGCCUGAUGGCUGAAGGCGGGGCUUACUUCGUCGGUGUCCAGGAUGAAGUCUCUGCCUGUUACGAACAUUUUAAUGCAACACAGCUGAAGAUCCUGCUUCCUCUUCGCUUGGAGAUGGCCAUCGUCUUGUUCAUUUUGCCUCUGAUUGUGACUUCCUUUUGCACGCUGCGCUGCGUCACUCUGGUGUGGCGCUCAAAUUUGCCUCCUUUGGGCAAGAGGAGAGUCCUGGCAGUGGCCCUGUCCACAUUGGCCGUAUUUGUGAUUUGCUACGCCCCAUACAACUCCUCGCACAUCGUAGGAUUUGUUCAGCAGGAAAGCGUUAAAUGGAGGACAACAGCGAUGCUGACGAGCUCCUGCAAUGUCUUCCUGGAGCCGGUGGUGAUGCUGAUGCUUUCACCUGUUGUGUCGAGGGGCAUCCUGGGAAGAAUCUGCGGCCAGCAGAGUCACUUCAGGUGGAGCGAUGGGUGUCGACAUCGACCGAAACCCACCAGCGGGUUUGCAAAUACCAAGGUUCCACCGAUAACAUCUGCCAAGAUGCGGACGGAGGCGACCAGAGAAAGUCAAAGAUGCGACGGCCAACAAAACAAAUCCACCAUCUUUCAUAUCCAUGUCUGAACCAGCACAGAUUUGGGAACUUUGCUGUUCCCAGUCAUGUUUCUGUGGAUGAAAGAAACUGGUGAACAUGACAGAGUGAGGACUCAUGAUUUCACCAGAUUUCCUCAUAUCAAAGUUUUUACCAUGUCACUUUUAUUCCCGUAGAGCAACAAACUAUUAUUCCUCAGGAAUGAAUGUUAGAAUGGAUGAAAAGUUUCUUUUUUUAAAGCAGCGACGUCAUUUAAUCACCAGGCAAACUGGUCCAACUCGCAGUUACUGAAACUUUCAUUUCCCUUUUAUAACUGACCUACAUUAAACACUCUUAAUUAAGUCAAAUUUCAAAGACUUAACUCCAAUUUAAAACCAAUUAGUCCCAUUAAAAUAUAAAUAAUGUUUCUCAAUCAUUAAACAAAUUUUUCUCAGAAACCUUGUUUGUGUUUGGACUCCAACAGUAAACAGGAAGGAUUUUUCAGGACCUUUUUACUUGAACUGGAUAUUUUCUGUUUAGCCCUUUAAUGGUUUGUUCUACAACUGAUGCAUUAAAAAUCGACUGAAUUAAAUGAA